AAAUCACUGGCUGACACGUCAUGUAGCUCCGCCUUAAACAAAACAGACAACUUUACUACCAAAGAGAGGAGGCUGUAGAGAUAAUUUACUACAGCAGCAUCAAAAUAUUUAGUCUGUGAGCUGCUAGAAACAACAGACAUGAUGGCGUCCAGCUACAACGCAAAGGAGGAAGACGGUCAUCACUCCGGUUCCGCGGUGCUCGGCGGCACCGCUAUCCGGACCAAAAAGCCUGACAACACCGCCUUUAAACAGCAGCGAUUACCCGCUUGGCAGCCCAUUCUGACCGCGGGGACAGUGCUGCCCGCUUUCUUCGUCAUCGGCCUCAUCUUCAUCCCCAUAGGAAUCGGCCUGUACGUGACGUCCAACAACAUCAAGGAGAUCGAGAUUGAUUAUACCGGGACUGAAAUGUCCAGCCCAUGUUUUAACUGCUCUCAAAGCUACAGCUGGAACAGCACAACUCCAUGCAAAUGUGUCCUGGCCUUCUCUCUCGACCAGCCCUUCGAGAGUAAUGUCUUCAUGUACUACGGCUUGUCGAAUUUCUACCAAAACCAUCGGCGAUAUGUGAAGUCCAGGGAUGACAGCCAGCUUAAUGGAGAUGAGCGCUCGCUUAAGGAACCAAGCAAAGAAUGUGAUCCGUACGGCACUAAUGACAACAAGCCUAUAGCCCCAUGUGGAGCUAUCGCUAACAGCAUGUUUAAUGACACACUGGACUUGUUUUACAUGGAUCCCAAUGGAACAAAAAUCCAAAUUCCAUUGAUCAAAAAAGGAAUCGCAUGGUGGACCGACAAGCAUGUGAAGUUCAGAAACCCUGGUGGCAGUAAUCCAAAUCUUACUGCUGUUUUUACUGACACAGUAAAGCCAAUAAACUGGCGCAUCCCUGUUUAUGAACUGGACAAAGACCAAGAAAACAAUGGCUUCAUUAAUGAGGAUUUCAUUGUGUGGAUGCGCACUGCUGCCCUCCCUACCUUCAGAAAGCUGUACCGCAUCAUUCAGAAGAAGAACAACAUAACACCCACUCUGCCCAGAGGCAGCUACACCCUGGAGAUAACCUACAACUACCCAGUCCGCAGCUUUGAAGGCAGGAAACGUAUGAUCCUAAGCACCAUCUCCUGGAUGGGAGGAAAAAAUCCUUUCCUGGGCAUCGCCUACAUGACCGUGGGCUCUAUCUGCUUCUUCCUCGGUGUAGUGCUCCUCUUCAUACAUCACAAAUAUGGAAACCGUAACAACAGCUCUGAUAUUCCUAAUUAAGCUACUUGAGUGCAUGCGGUCUGUGGGACACUGUGGAGACCCAAUGUUCAAGCUCCUGUGUUUGUGUCUGUGUGUUUUAAUAACCUGCUUGGAUUCAACAAAGUGUAAUGCUUUAAAAGUGCAAAAAAGCAUUUGACCACUGGAUUUUCUGUUUAUUUAUUUCUCAAGAUAACGAUGCUGUGUCUAAGUCCAAGAUUUUUAUUUUUACCUCUUGUGUGGAUAUUUAAACUUUCAUUCAUGAUUAAUUUCAGGCAUGCAGAUCUGCAAACUUAUGCUGUUUUGAUCAUUGAUAUGUACAUUGGUAUGUCUGUUUAUGGUCAGUGUGAUGUUACAAGACAAAGACUUUGUAUAAACUAUAAAUGAAUGUGUAUUUUUAUUUCAAAGAGAUGGUUUUACAUUCGGAUGAAGUAAUGUUAAAAACAAGGCAACAUAAUGUGACAAUUUUUAACAGUUGAAUAUAAAACUUAAAGGAAACAUUUUAUUAAUUUCACUUAUUUCUUCUACUGUAGCUCUGUUUAGUUCGAACCUUCUAGUGCCAUUGUAUGGUAGUUUCAGUGAUAACUACCACUAAAUUUGAGGACUUACUAUUUUUGUUAUUUGAAAAUGCUUGUGAUCUUUUAAGGCGAUUGGUUGUGUGCUUUGUGGCUUGCAAGAAAGAAAUGUUUUUAGUUUUUUUUUUAAACUGUCUUGGGCUCAUUUUGGCUAUCUUGUCCUUUUUUAUCAAGUGUUAUAAUUUAAGCAUGUCUUUUGUGCAUUUAACAAAUAAGCACUUUUGAAUGUGACAUGCCAUCAGCAUUGCUAACUUUGCUAAAUUUUUAGGAAAUGUGCAUUUAGUUGUUGGGCGAAUAAAAUGGCUAAAUCUUAAAACUC